CAUUCGCCUUUCUUCAUCCUUCUCCAUCUAAUCCCUAAUCCCACCCUCGCCUUCUGUCAACCCUCUUCUCUGCCUCAAAUACCACUACAAUCGCAAUCCAUAAAGACACAAUGACUGGCUUCAAGUAUGGAUAUGCCAUGAACGAUGUCCCUGGCGAUAAGAGAAUCAUCACCCCACCGAUGCUUGGCGAAAAAAUCUCUCUCUCACUUGGUCACACCUCAACAUUCGUCUUCAUCGGCACCAAGGCUGAGAUCCUCGAGUGGUUCAGGACCGUCGGACCCACCAAGGUCGUCCAGGCCGUCCUCUUCUACGAUCGCCCAGCUGAUGACCCCCUGGCACCGAAGAUUGGCCUCGUCUUUGACCUACUACCCUAUCCAAACCCAGACCUGACAUGGACUCAGUGGUACCAGUCCUUCUACCGCUCCGAUCCAACCCUGGAGAUCUAUCGUCUAGAGAUCCGUCCUGAGCAGCCCAAAUACGACGCAGAGAUCGACCCACUCUACAGAAUGUACGCCAAGAACGGAGUCAACCUCGGUGAUAUGGCCCAUGCUCUCGAGAAGAAGUGGUCCCAGCCUCCGCACAAGAGCUAUGUGGAUAUGGUCAAGGAGGUCUUUAUGGAGAGAGAGGAUGCGGACGAGCAUGCAGAGGAGGUCGCAAAGGAGACGAAACGCUUGGACGAGGAAGGACGUGAGGUCGAUCUGGAAGACAUUGUCGUCAGCGUACCGAACGAGACCACUCGCAAGUAGAGGUGUUGCUUUGCUGCCUUCUUGUGUGCAAUCGCUAUAUCCUGCUCAAACAGUAAUACCGUCGAUCCUACACCGCUAUAAUCCACUCAGUCCUGCGUCACUCCCCUAGCUCUUUCACAUCGAAUACAUCAAAGCUUCAGCAUUGUCCAACACAGCAUGUCCAUUGAUUGCAUAGGGUAGUCACUUGGGUGAUAUGGUUGACCCGAUGCGAAAUGUUUUUUCCCGUUUCCGUUGUUGACAAAAAAAUUGAGAGCAUAUUGUGCACAUGGCCGAAGAAGAAUGAGACCAAAGCGACGGCAAGGUAGCCAUCUUUGGUUCAAAGAUGCAUAUCGUUUUUGAUUCUAUAAUGUGUUCGA